AUGAAACUUUCUAAUACACAUGAAAAUCAAAUCAAGAUUUCUACAGAACAUGAUUUCUCGAUAAGGAAAUAUCAAGUUUCAUCAAUUGAGGUUUCAUUGAUUAAGCCUUCAUCAAUUAAACUCCUAUCAUUUAAACUCUCGUCGAUUGAACUUCCAUCAAUUGAACUCUUGUUGAUUGAACUCCUGUCAAUUGAACUUCCAUUAUUUGAAUUCUCAUCAAUUGAACUUUCAUCAUUUGAAUUCCCAUCAAUUGAACUCCUGUCAAUUGAACUUUCAUUAUUUGAAUUCCCAUCAAUUGAACUCCUAUCAUUUAAAUUUGAAGAUAUCAAGAAUAGUCAAACUAUUAUCAGGAUUAUUGGAUUAUUGGUUAUUUCAAGAUUUGUUCCUGCCAUGUCUCUUGCUGCCAUUUAUGCAAUAGGAUUCAGUAUUUCAGGAAUAGUGAAAGGGAGUUUUGCUGUCACAAUUAUGGCUAGUUAUGGUAGACAUGUCUUUAUUCAAAGUCUUUGCACUUUGUUACAGAAUACUG